AUGCCUCGCUCUGUAAAAUCGGUAAAAAGGUCGAGAGUCAAGAAGACAUUCAGGAAUAAAAAGAAUGCUUCAAAACGAGCAAACCUGAAGGCCAAGAAGAAGGUCGGCAAGCCAGGAGUUGGGUAUGUUUUUUUUCUUUUGAUUUUUCAUUGAUUUAGGUAAGAAAUAAGCUUGUUUAUAUGGAGAAAAAGAUCAUAAACAAGUAUUGGGCAAAAUUAAGCUAAUUAUUAGCUAUUUCAGCCAAGUUUUGUAUAUUAUCGUACCUAAAUAAAGGUUAAAUGAAAAUAAAGCAUGUAUCCUUUUCAGACAUGUUUUACACGAAGUGUGGGACGACAAAAAGACUUUGAGACAAAAUUUGGGCGCUGCUGGACUUGUUUUCAAUCCAAAUGAGGUUGUACCAGUCGAAAAAAGGAACAAAAAUGUUGUUGUAGAUAUGGUUGAUAUUGAUGCCGUCGCCAGCUUAGCUUCGCUUCAGGAACAAAAGGUAUACUUAGUUUUUCAGUUACCUUGAUGUUUGUGUGUUCUCUUGAACGUAAUUUCUGUUGGUUUGCUGUUUAUUUUCACCGAAACACGGUUAAUAUUCUACAUGGAUUUAUUUUUAGAUAAAGAAGAAGAAAGCCAAGGGUGUGGCUAAGAAAUUAGAAGCCGAAGCUCGUGAAGCAACUCAAAAACAAGCCAAUCGUCCUCCACCGAAGCUACGACAACCUGAACUCGACUUUUGCUCCAAAAUGAUCAAAAAACACGGUUUGGACUAUGCAGUAAGUAAUAAAAUAUUAUUUUUUGGAACUUUAGGUGGUUUGGAUAGUGAAAAUAGGCUUACAUUGCAACCAUUGAAGCGCUCUUUUACACUUAAGAUGAGGAUUUUUUAAAACAAGUUUGGGAAAGAAGUUUGCAACACUAAUUUUGCUAUAUUAUUAUAGGCAAUGGCCAGAGAUCAUGAAAACAUCUACCAGAGCACACCAAAGCAGAUCGAAAGGAAGAUAGAGCUGUUCAAAAAGUCAAAAGCUUACCAGCAAGUUGAAGCCAUGGAAGAAUAA